UUACGGUGCUCGUGAGGUCUGAUUGUGACAGCUGUUACGGCUAAAUUUUGUUAGGCACCAUGUUAGACUAAAGAUAUAUAGAUAAAUACAUAAACUCUGUCUGUAAAGUGUAUGUUAUUAAUAUACUGUUGCGCGUUCGUAGUCAGCGUUAGUCUCAAGUUUGGGGAAGCCCUUUUAAUGCUUCUUCAAGACUAGUAGCUAGGCUAACUUCAAGGGUUUUGCUCGCUAGCCCUAAAUCCACUUCACAUAGUCCUAUAUUAUGUUAAUCCUAACAUGAGAGGCAACAAACUGGGACUAAUAUAGGACAAAGGUUACCCAAAGGAAACAAACCCAUCAUGGCGGCUGCUACAAGACUUAUAUCAAGGUUGACACUGGUCACUGGAGGAGGAAGUGGGAUUGGACGGGCGGUGUGUCAGCGCCUCGCCUCCGAGGGCGCCUCCGUGGUGGUCGCUGACAUCAGCGAGGAGUCGGCCAAUGAGACUCUGGGGGGCCUCCCGAAUGACCUCAGAGGACAGGGCCACAUGGCGGCUGUGGUGGACGUGUCGUCUAAAGAGAGUGUAAAGAAGCUGGUCACAAGUAUACAGACUCACUACUUCCAGCCGCCCUCAGUGUGUGUGAACGCAGCAGGCAUCACAGAGGACAACUUCCUGCUCAACAUGGAGGAGGACCAGUUUGACAAAGUCGUCCAGGUCAACCUGAAGGGUUCAUUCUUGGUCAUUCAGGCUGUUUCUCAGGCUCUGGUGGCCUGCGGAGCACCCAAAGGAUCCAUCAUUACUGUUGGCAGCAUCGUGGGAAAGGUGGGAAACAUCGGACAGGCAAAUUAUGCCGCGUCUAAAGCAGGAGUGGAGGGUUUAACCAGGACCGCUGCUAAAGAGCUCAGCAGGUUUGGGAUUCGGUGUAAUUGUGUGCUGCCUGGUUUCAUAUCGACUCCGAUGACGGAUAAAGUUCCAGAGAAGGUUAUUAGCAAGAUGAAGUCCUUGGUGCCUCUGGGAAGAAUGGGUGAGCCUGCAGAGGUUGCUGAUGUUUGUGCCUUUCUAGCUUCAGAUGACUCUCGAUACAUCACUGGAGCCAGUGUUGAAGUGACAGGUGGACUUUUCAUUGGAUAGAUCAGCUGUCCGUCACACUGAUGAUCACCAUUGGAAGAAUGAUUAUUAUUAUUAUUAUUAUCAUCUUUUAUAAAUGUGGUUGUGGAUGUGUGUUAUACUGUGUAGCCACUUUCGGUGCCAAUAAAUGCCUGUAAUUUUUCUGAACAAAA